AUGGACGAUAAAGCACGGCUCGAGUACGAACUUGCCGAGAUUGAGUUGGAGAAACGUCAACUACAGCUUGAACGUCGGGAGCUCGACAUCAAACGCCGGCUCAAACUGCUCAAGGGAAGCGCCGAGUCGGCCGACGGCGAUGCCACUGUCAAAUCUGAAGCUAAGCGUGACGAUCCCAGCGAGACUGGAGCGACUGCUGCGCAGGACGGAUCUCCUACUGAGUUGCAAGCAGACGUUUCGUCGAGUGUUCCCGUAACAGAUGGCACCGCUGUCAACUUGAGUGGGACUCCAGCCGUCGAAAAGGACCGAGAGAAGGUGGGAAAUGAGAACUGCGAGACUAGGAAAUUUCCGAGGCUCUGUCUGCGCAAGGGGUCAGGAGCGAGAUCAAUCGGUGGGAAGAUGAGGAAUCGCUUCUUCACUUACGAGCCAGAAGAGCAAACGGCCGCACAGAGAAAGUCUCAAGAACGUCACGAAAAGCUCUUAGCAGCCUUUACUGGCUGUCCACCGAGCAAACCCUCGAGCUUACUAGCAAAGCAAAAGCAAAGCACGCACUCGGAUACCUUUGUCCUUACUUUAGACUCUGACUCUGACGUCGACACAAGUGACUCUACAGGCGGGUAUUGUGCCAGGGCGAAACGACGACGAGUGUCCCCGAGGGACGAAAAGCAAGGCACCGACGUCCCAGGACCCAUGACAGAGUCUCAACAGUACGACCUCGUUAAACACUACACGGGUCUUCUGCUCAAGCACAUGACAUCGAUCGAGUCUACACUCGGCUACGCGUGUUUCCAGAAACCGACUGUGGCCUCCAAGCUGCGAAGAGUCACGUUCGGGAGUACACACCACAGCAUCGCCCUUCUCCACGAGGACUUUACAGCGGCUGUGAACAAGCACGCCAAGGAUUCUCGGCUGCGUUGCGCUCUGGUGGUCGAACUCGACAAGUUUGAAUGGGCGCAGGAGUCGUGGUGGCCGGUGUGUGAAGCGCUAAACACCCAGCAGGAGAGGAUCUCGUUCAUCACAAAGGUGUUCCCGGACGUCGCGGAGGAUAAUUUCAGCCUGGAGGAGUGUCGGGCAGAAUACGGGGAGGGAAAAAAGGCUUGA